CGCGACGCUGCGACAUGCUCCAACCCCGUCGCGUGUUCCCAGGGGCGCUGGGAAGCGGAAGUGCUCGGCUGACCUGGGAGGGCGGUUCCUGGUUCACACUGGCUGCUGUCGUCGGUCUCUGAGGUUUCAGGCUCUUGGCGGUGAAGACGGACGAGGAGGGUCACAGUGCAGACCUGAGACCGCUGCUCACGACUCCAGACUCCAGUUUAUCUGUGCCCCGGCUUCCUCACUUAGUCUCAGAAGACCUAGGCUGAGGCCCCAGGAGGAGAUCUCCAUCUUUAUCCAGAGCAGAGCAGGAUGGCCAUGUCCCAGGAAUCGUUGACCUUCAAGGACGUGUUCGUGGACUUCACCCUCGAGGAGUGGCAGCAACUGGACUCUGCCCAGAAGAACCUCUACAGGGACGUCAUGCUUGAGAACUACAGCCACCUGGUGUCUGUGGGGUAUCUGCUUGCCAAGCCAGAUAUGAUCUUCAGGUUGGGACCAGGAGAAGAGUCCUGGAGGGCAGAUGGAGGGACCCCGGUGCGCACCUGUGCAGUGCUAUCCUGGAAGGGAGGAAAAGCAAAUUCAGGCACAGUCCACCCUCCUGAGUCCCAAUUCUCUCAUAAAAAAAACUAUAUUAUAUUAAAAUACAGACAUUUAUACAUUCAGUCUAAGAGUGCAGAACAGUAUAGGCUAAAGAGUAAUCUUAGGUACAUUCCCAGUCAUGCCUUCCAAGGGCAGCUUCUUAUAAAGGUUUCUCUUUGGCUCUGAGCACUUCCAUAGGUUUAGGGAAUAUGUUGUUAUUAUCCAUUAAAAAGUUUUUUUUUUUAAUUUAAUGUGGUUGUUGUUAACCAGAGAUGUAUUACAUAGUUACCUGUGGAUCUGUCAGAAUACUCAUGAGUAGGCCCCACUUUAGAAAUUGUUUCAGAAAGCCUGGGGUAGGCCUGGUUAUGUGCAUUUUGAAUGACACUCCAGAGGAUUCUGAUGCCCAUCUUUGGUUAAGAUUCACUACUUGAAAUAUCUGCUGAGAGGAACUGCAAGGAUAGCAAUUGCAAGAUAGCAAUGAGCAUGCAAGCAGGAUGGGAUGGGAUAGGAUAGCUAGUGAGGAACGUGGCCAGAAUUCCAACCCAGGCUAUGUGGCUCCACAGUCUAUGUUCUUAGCCACUUGCGUGUAGAUGAAUAAUGUGGACUCACUCCUAGGCAGUCUCCAGACUCCCAGGGUUGGAAUCAGAAAGCAACUUGAAUUUCUUCCUUGUUCCUCUCUAUUUAAAUCUAUUUCAGGAAAUGUAUUUUUCCCCCUGCCUCCUGGAUGAAACCACUGGCUGGUCCCAUGAGUUGGCUGGUCAUUCUGAGAUAAUAAAAAUCUUCUAGGAACUGUUACUUUCAAGAAUAGCCUCAUUAUAAUAAUGAAAACUGUCCAGUCUCAUGUUGUAGUACAAACUGAAGUUUAUUUCAAGUUUGUUGAUCUUUUCAUAGAAGUUUUAGCUUUAUUAAUUUUUUCCACCAUUUUUCUGUUUUAUUGAUUUCUCCUUUUAUUUCCUUUUUUCUACUAACUUUCAGUUUACUUUGCUGUUCUUUAUUUAGCUUUUCCCCCCUCAACAUUUUAUUACGAAAAUUUUUGUAUAAAACAAGUAAAAAAAUUAUAGACUAAACACCAUAUAAUCCCUAUAUGGGUGUUGUUCUGUAAUAACACCUGGAUUUAUAAUAACUAUAAACAUUUUGCUCUGUUUAUCUCCUGUCUGUGCCAAUUCCUCUGUCCUUCCAUCAAUUUGAUUUAUUUUUUGUUGUGCAUUUCAAAGGAAGUUACAGAAAUCAGUACCCUUAACCCCGAAAUACCUCCACAGGCGUAUCAUUGAUUAGAGUUCAAUAUUUGUUAGUACUUUAUCAUUAGUGUUCAUGAAGUAUUUUAAUAAAACAAAAUGCCCUAAUGGCACCAUAUGAUCUUUGGCUGUACAUGUUACUGUUUGAACAUAAUUUUCUAUAUGUGUUUUUCAUAUGUGGUCAUUAUAUAUUUAUGCUGAUGUGACUACAUUUUUUUUCAAAUGAAAUUAAUUAAGGUAUAAUAUACAUACCAUGAAAUUCAUCUUUCUUAGGUGUACAGUUGUAUAGUUUUGACAAAUGUAUAGCUGUGUAACUACUACCACAAUCAAGGUAUUGGACAUUUUCAUCUCCUACAAAAAACUCCAUGUUUCCUUUUGUAAUUUAGUCUCUUUCCUCAUCCCAGGCUUGAUCUCUUUUCCUUCUAGUUUGGUUCUUUCUAGAAUGUCAUGCGGCUGGCUUCUUUCACUUACCUUAAUGCAUUUUAGGCUCAUCCAUGUUGUGGCAUGUAUCAGUUUGUUCUUUUGAUAGCUGAGUAGUGUUCCAGUUUGUCUGUUGAUGUACCACUUAAUGCACAUUUAAACUGUCCCUGUUUUUUUGAUUAUUAUGAAUGAAGUUGGUGAACAUUCUUGUAUAGGCAUUUCUGUGGAUCUUUGUUUUCAUACCUCUUGGGUAAAUAUCUGGAGUGAGAUUGCUUGGCUGUAUGGUAAGCAUAUGUUGAACUUUAUAAGACAUUGUGCCCAGCACGGUGGCUCAUGCCUGUAUUCCCAGCACUUUGGGAGGCUGAAGCAGGCAGAUUGCUUGAGGUCCGAAAUUUGAGACCAGCCUGGCCAACAUAUAGUAAAACCCCAUCUCUACUAAAAAUACAAAAAUUAGCUGGGUGUGGUGGUGCACACCUGUAAUUCCAGCUACUUGGGAAGCUGAGGCAGGAGAAUUGCUUGAACCCAGGAGGCACAGGUUGCAGUGAGCUGAGAUCAUGCCACUCUAUUCCAGCCUGGGCAACAGAGUGAGACCCUGUCUCUCAAAAGAAAAAAAAAAGAUACUGUCAAGUGUUUUCUAAUGUGGCUGUACUACUUUGUUUUCCCGCCAACAACACACCUUUCUAGUAGGUAUGUAGGGGGAUCUCAUUGUGAUUUAAAUUUACAUUUCUGUAAUGAUCAGUGAUGUUGAGCAUGUUUUCAUGUGCUUAUUUGCCAUCUGUAUAUGUUCUGUGGUGAAGUGUCUAUUGUAAUCUUUUGCCAUUGUUUGUUAUUAAAUUGUGAGAGUUAUUUACAUCAAUAUAUAUGGACGUAAGUCCUGACCAGCUAUGUGUUUUCCAAGUAUUUACUCCUAGACUAUGGCUUGUUUUGUUCAGAACAGUAUCUUUUGAAAAAUAAAGUUUCUGUUUUUUUAUAAAAUCCAA